CGAAAUAUCUGGCGCGCAAUCAGACAACGCAACAGCUGGCUGCGUUGGACGUGUGAGGCGCACUCCUAUGAGCAUUUUCAUUUAAAAAGACUGGAGUUCACGCACUCGAGCUCUACGAAACUCCUUUGCUAGUCGGCUCGCCACUUCGAUCAAUCCUGAAAUUCGGGAGCGCGAAAAUAACUCGGUAAGACAUGGAAACUGCCCCUGGCACUGCUGCGGCCGACGCUGGUGACCAGAGGAAGGAAAUCGGCGACUUCUGGGAUCUCCAUGAGCGCCUAGAACAUUCUUGGGCUAACAUUGUGGAAAAUAGAGACAAAGCAGCAGCAAACAAGCAGAAUGCAUUAGCGCGGCGCACUCGCAGUCCUGACGUACAAAUAUACGAGACAGACCCUCAGGUGCUUGGCAGGCGUCUCAAGCAAAUAGAGUAUGGCAAGAGUACCGUAGGCUACGAGCGUUACUGUGCUGCUGUACCCAGGAAAAACCGAGCCAAGCACCACCCACGCACACCAAACCGCUUCUUGAAGUUCAGCCGAAGGUCAUGGGAUGCCCAGAUCCGCAUUUGGCGCAGGCAGUUGCACAUCUGGGAUCCCCCAAAAGAACACUCGGAGGAUGCAACUGAUGAGCAGCGAAGUAGUAGUCCUGAUCUCAAUGAUGCCGAUAUUCUUCUUGACGAAGAUGUUGAAGCCCUAUUGUCUGAAACUGACUUUUCUACAAAACCAACAGGGGAAGUGGUAAAGCAGCUGGACUUCAAAUAAGCGUUUUUUUUUUUUACUCUUUUUAAAUGUAUUUCACUGCAUAAGGUCCUGUAGAAGUGGCGCGUUCCUGCUGUAUCAUCACAUUUUAUCAUUUUACAGGUAUACAUUUUAUAGCCCCGAGUAUAUGGUGUGCUUUCAUGUACGGGAGUUUUUAUCUGGUUAGACAAAUAAACAUAUGACUAUGCAA